AGGUUUUAGUGAACAGACUGUCUCAUUCCUUGUUCACCACAAUCCGGAUUUGAGUCAGAAGUAUUAGGCAGGGGAAAUAUUCAAAACAAAAACGAAAAAGUUUUUGGAACAUAGCGUGUCCACCUUGCCAAACCGACUGUUCCUCAUUUCAAAGACUGGGGCUAUUUGAUUCCUCCUAGGCCAAAGUAAAGGUUGUCUUGACUGGAGGCUUGGGUUGAGACCAAUGGCCAUGCAGAUGAGUGAGACCGAGGGCACCGUGAAGGUGACGGGGUGGCAGCAGACUUACUAUGCUGAAGACUCAGGGAUCCAAUCAGGCGCCACCACUGUGCGGGAUGAUGAUGGGUCCGAGUACAGCAGCAAGAAGUAUACUGUCACGACCACAGUCAUCGAAAACCCUGCAGAUACCACGACACGAGCCCAGAGGGUUCGGGCAGCCAUGUUUCCAGAGACGGUGGUCGAGGGGACAUCCAUCCUGUCUACUCAGACAGAUCCGGGGCAGCAGACUAAUGUGCAGCGCCUGGCCGAGCCAUCCCAGCUGCUGAAAACUGCCAUCAUCCACCUCAUCAACUACCAGGAUGAUGCUGAGUUGGCCACCCGUGCUGUCCCCGAACUCACCAAGCUACUUAAUGAUGAUGACCAGGUUGUGGUAAACAAGGCAGCCAUGAUUGUGAACCAGCUGACAAGGAAAGAUGCUUCCCGGAGGGUGCUGAUGCAGUCCCCGCAGAUGGUGGCAGCGGUGGUGCGCACUAUGCAGAAUACCAAUGACAUGGAGACUGCCCGCUGCACUGCCAGUAUCCUGCACAACCUGUCGCACCAGCGGGAGGGCCUGCUGGCCAUCUUUAAGUCUGGUGGCAUCCCUGCACUGGUCCGCAUGCUCAGCUCCCCCAUGGAGUCAGUGUUGUUCUACGCCAUCACUACUCUCCACAACCUGCUGUUACACCAGGAGGGAGCAAAGAUGGCAGUGCGACUGGCAGAUGGCCUUCAGAGGAUGGUGCCCCUGCUGAAGAAAAGCAAUCCUAAGUUCCUGGCCAUCACCACUGACUGCCUGCAGUUGCUGUCCUAUGGCAACCAAGAGAGCAAGCUGAUCAUCCUUGCCAAUGGUGGUCCAGAGGGACUGGUGCACAUCAUGAGGAACUACAACUAUGAGAAGCUUCUCUGGACUACAAGCCGUGUCCUGAAGGUGCUCUCCGUCUGCCCUAGCAACAAGCCUGCAAUUGUGGAGGCUGGUGGAAUGCAGGCUCUGGGGAAGCACCUGACUGGAUCCAGCCAGCGCCUCAUGCAGAACUGCUUGUGGACCCUACGCAACCUAUCUGAUGCUGCCACCAAGCAGGAUGGCCUGGAUGGGCUGCUGCAGAUGCUUGUUAGCCAGUUGGGCUCGGAUGAUGUCAACAUGCUGACUUGCGCCACAGGCAUCCUGUCCAAUCUGACCUGCAACAACAGCCGUAAUAAAACCUUGGUGACACAGAGCAAUGGGGUUGAGGCACUGAUCCAUGCUGUUCUGCGGGCCGGUGAGAAGGAGGAUGUUGCUGAGCCAGCUGUCUGUGCCCUGCGCCACCUCACUAGCCGUCACCCCGAUGCUGAGCUGGCGCAGAAUGCUGUGCGCCACCACUAUGGCAUCCCAGCCAUAGUCAAGCUGCUCAACCAACCAUACUACUGGCCUGUCAUCAAGGCUACAGUUGGAUUGAUCCGUAACCUGGCACUGUGCCCAGAUAAUCAGGGCCCCCUGAGGGAUGCAGGCGCCAUCCCCCGACUGGUCAAUUUGCUGCUGAAAGCCCAUCAGGAUGCCCAGAGGCACGCGACUUCCAGCACCCAACAGACUUACCAGGAUGGUGUAAGGAUGGAGGAGAUAGUGGAGGGCUGCACUGGUGCCCUGCACAUCAUGGCCCGGGACCCUAUUAACAGGAGCGAAAUUGCCAACAUGCAGACCAUCCCUCUCUUUGUGCAGCUCCUCUACUCUCCUAUUGAGAAUGUGAAGCGUGUGUCUGCGGGUGUCCUAUGUGAGCUGGCUCUUGACAAGCACUCUGCUGAGUUAAUCGACGCUGAGGGUGCCUCUGCACCACUGAUGGAGCUACUGCACUCUAGCAACGAAGGCAUUGCUACGUAUGCUGCGGCUGUCCUGUUCCGCAUCUCUGAGGAUAAAAAUUCAGACUACAGGAAGCGUGUGUCAGUAGAGCUGACACAUUCCCUCUUCAAGCAUGACCCAGUUGCCUGGGAGUUGGCCCACAACACCAUAUCCAUGGAGCCUGAAUACCUGCAGGAUGAUCUUGAUGUUGCCUAUCCUCCCUAUGGCUAUGCGGAGGGUAUGCCCAUGAAUGGUGGUCCAAUGGAGGCAGAUAUGCAUGAAGACUACCCUGAAAUGGGUUAUGACCAGCGUAGACAGCAUUACUAGCAAAACAAAUGUUGGAAAGAAUGAAGAGGGAGAGAGCUGGUGGAAGGCUUAAGAGAAGACAUGGAUCACAUCAUGUAAAAAAAAUAAGUUAGGUAGAGGGGAUGGGGACUGUUAAACAAUUGACAAAUACAUAUAUACAAGUACUUAUUUUUUUCAACCAUGUUUCCUUAUAAAAAACAUUGAAAUAAAAAAGCUUUACCUUUUUAAUAUGCUUUGUUUUACAAAUACUUUAUUCCUUAACUACUUUUUUAACUUGCUUCAUUUUUAGUUUUUUUAGUGCCCUUAAAAAAUGUUUAAAAUAUUGUUAAAAAAAUGUAAGAAAAAAACUUUAUUUUUUAUAUAAUGUGUGAUAUUUCAUAUUUCAGAGUGGGUUUUGUUCAUUUUCAUUACAGGAAAUUUUUGCUAGCAGUAAAAGGUGGUGGUGCAAAAAGGGCAUGAGGUGUGGUUACAAUCACAGAUCCACUGCCCUCUCUAUGUGGGCAGCACUGUCCAGUUAAUGCAGAGUGGGUGUGAAUUCCCCCAAUAGACCUGGGCCUGUAUUCACAAAACAUCUUUAGAAUAAAAGUAACUCCUAACUUGCCAAUUUAGGAGAAACUAAAAAAUAAUUGCCAUGCCAGUCCUAACUUAGGACUCCUAAGCUUUUGAUCUAAGAGUAAUGCACAGAGCGUUUUAGCACUGAACCAGCACCCAAAAUCGAAAAAUUAGGGGUAGUCCAGAGGACUCCUAAAUCACUAAGACCAAAACAGUCCUAAAAAUGGCUGCUGUGGGCAAUCCACCCCGUUAUGGGGUCAGUGUUUUAUAAAUAUUUAAUUACAUUGAACGUUUAUAAAGGUAUCUACUGAAUUGGGAGUGUAUUCUGAUUAUAGUCGAGUGGACAGAAAUGGAAAAGCCACAUUAAUAUGGUAGAAUAUAUGUUCCGGUGCUUCUUUCUUUGCUUUUUAAGUGACCCUGACUCUAAAUUUUCCUUUAAUAAUAUCCUUCCUUUCAUGAACAACUUGGGCAAGAAGUAAAUGCUAUUCUUGUAUCCAGUUCGGUUUUCGCUUUCAUUUGUAGGUAGGGCAGUGUAGCAUCACACUUGUUGCUGUCAGCCAUGGUUAUUCUAGCACACUAAUUAGCAGGUUGUUUAAAUGCAUAUCCGCAAAUUAUUUUACAAGCUGCCAGACAUGUAAGAGACUGACAAUUAGCCGAAUGUAUAUUUGACUAGUCAGUAUAUUUUUGAUUUCAUGUUAAAUCAGAAACACUUGGCCUACGUUUAUAUUUAAAAAUCCAUUUUAAUAUGGCAAUAUGAUUUGUACCUCCCGCUACAGAAUAUAUUUAAUGUAUUUGCCGACACAGACACAUCCAGUUUCAUGAAAGAACUUGCUAUGCCUUUAUCAACCAAUCUACGUGGGCAUAGCAAGUUCUUUCAUGAAACUGGAUGUCACCAAUAGCAUGGUCAACCCUGCCCUUUCUCUUAGUUUAGGAGUUUCCCCCUUUCCUUUGAAAAAGUUGGUCUCAGCAGCUUUGUGAAUUCAUCUUAGCUUGGAACUUUAAGUGCCACUUAGGAGAACUCUAGGAGAAGAUGUUUUGUGAAUACAUCCCCUGGUCUCCGGAAUCGCCCUCUAAACCCAGCCCUUCAAUCUCAUAGUUUGGUUUAAUUGCACAAACCUGGCUGAUAUUGUUUGCAUUCUUGAAAAACCAAAAAACGGUUUAGCUCGCUGACUCAGAUAAGUCAACCCCUGGUGAACACACUGGACAAAUGUAACCAAUCUCACUACUCUUUGUGCUGUGAUGUAUGCAAUCCUGGUUUAGAAUGUUUGAAUAUUCAUAACUAUUGUUUUAACGAAAAUGAUGAUGAUGAUGCAUAUUGUUAUAAAAUUGUGUUUUUGAGCAUUAAGGGGAUAUGUCUUUUUAGGGGACAGGUUUGGGGGAUCUAUGCCAAAGAGAUUUAUUUUGUGACAAUAAUCAUGUAGCUUUUUGCUUUUAUUUUUUGUUUAAUUGGUGGAAGUUUGGAAAACAAUGACACUAAAGUUCUUAAUGUUUGCUUUUGGUCUCCCUCACUGGCAGUGUCAUUUUUAACUGUUGUCUAGGCUAUAUGCUUCACUGCCUCUAUACUUGCAAUACAAUCAUUUUUGCAUAAUUCACACAAAUCACACAAUUCUGAUUUUCAACAAUGUGCAAUCCUAGACCUGUUGUUCAUUGGCCCACAUCAAUGAUUAACAUAUCUCCAAUCAAUUCUAUAACAUUAAAUUUGUGUUUUUACAGAGAAUUUUUAGUUUGUAACUUUUUUCAAAAAUUAAUAAAAAUUAUAUUAACUACA